ACAAAUCAGCUUUUAUUGUUCGUAUCAUUAUCUUUUGUCCAAAAAGAGAAAAAGAGAGUUUAUUAUGAUGGCUCAAAUCUAGCUUUAAUCACGUCUCCUAAAAGAUCCUAAAAUAUUCCUAUGCUUCACGCUCCCCUUUUUCCCCACCACCCCAAAAUUCUAAGCCAAACGGCAGCAGCAAAACCCUGUGUCCAGGAGCCUCUCAUUCCAUCAAGCAUGUUACAUUUCUCACUGGAACAUUCUAAAGCUUGGAAUCUCCAAGCUGCAGGUGGGUGGGAUUUUAUUCUUACCAUAGAGUAGGUGUGAUUUUUAUAGGCUCCUAGAUCAGAGGCAGAAUUGGGCACUUGGGGGGAAGUGAAAUACCUGUACUGGGGGAGUCCAGGAGCAAGCCACCAGUCCCUUCUACCAUGGUCAUUGAGUAGACAAGGUGACCAGCUUCACCGGUGCCGGUCCCUGCUGACCUCUCCCAUCAAAGGAGCCACUAACCUAGGCAGGAUGGGAAAUCUUGCACAUGUUCAGGAAUAUCCUAGUCUAGAGUGAUCUGUGUGGUGUGGGAGGUGUAGGAUGAGCCAGUCUGUUCAGAGUAACCAUCGCUGUUCCCAAGGGGCAGUCCACUAGAAGGAAUGUCUCUAAGCGCUGGUGUUGUCCACGCACAUGAUGCCCCUGUUCUGAGGUGUCAACUCCAAGAUGCUCCAAGAACACCUGAACCCUGCCUCGUCUGUGUACUGGGGGGGGGGGGGGGCAGGUAUCAGUACCCAGGGCCAUGUGCUGACUGUGCUCUAAGGGGCACAAGGUGCCCAGAAGGUCUCUGUGUUCCUGACUCCAACUGGGGAUUUGGCCGUAAAGGGAUGCAGACGAGCUGUGGGUGUCUGGCUGAACCUGCAAUACAAGAGAACUUUGGCAAAUAAUGUGUUUCCCCACAGGAAAACCAAGACUCUACGGUGCUUGUGACAGCUAUGGCUAAGGGGAACUCCAUGCCAGUCAGCCAGCUGCGUAGUGUGGUCUCAACAGGAGCACAGAAAAGAAGUCACCUUCCUUCUCCUAGGGUGGGCCUGACAUCAGACUCCGGGAUGUGCUGAUGUUGCGCCAAAGCCCUUCCAUGUUUGAAGUGGAUGAGACACUGAGACUGGGGGAUAAAACAGUUUACCUAUGUCGAGCCUUGAGAUUCGGAGUCCCGCAGCCUGUCUCCUUUCCCUCCACCCUGCUCAGAAGCUAUGGUCCACUACCUCAGCCAUUCUGUUGGAGCUGAACUGGCAGAUGAAGGUGGAACCCUGGCACCCUGGACCUCCUGGUCUCUUUGGGAAUGAAGGUCAUUGCUGUAUUCAUCGUCUUUAUCUUCUGCUGUGCUGCUGGGCUCAUGACUGCUGUUACCACAGUCUGAAGGAGGAUGGCUGCCAGCCAAUCUUGAAUGGCUACCAGUUCAGCAUUGUCAACGGGACUGUGGCCUGUGGAUGCUCCCUGGGUGGCAGCUGCCUCUGUGGGCAGAAGGCCUGCGAGUGUGACAAGCAGUCUGUGUACUGCUUCAGGGAGAACCUGGGCACCUAUGAGAAGGCCUUCAAGCAGAUCUUCCUCAGCAGGCCCCAGUGUGGCAGACACAAACUCCGGUGCUAGGGAGGCCGCCAUCCCUCUGUCACGUGGUGACCCCCCUGGAAAGCUGUCUCCGACCAUGUCUGAACCCCCAGGCUCCUCAGCUCACUCAGCACCAGGGACUGGAAGUCUGCCAUCUGUAAACCCUCUGGCAGGACGCAGGCUGGUCUGGUGACUCAUAAAACCGGGUGCCAUUACAAAGAUGCUGUUCAUUACUGCCACAAGGAUGUCACGGCAAAGAUGACAUGAAGAAAAGGAGAGAAGAUGGGGGACAGUGGAUCCAAGGCACCCUAAAUCUCCGCCCCCACUUAGAAGCCUCUGGUCCUGUAAGUCUUAAAUCUAGUAAACAGGGAAGGUCUAAUUGAGGUGGAGUCAGUUUUGUGAUGCCAGAUUGGAAUAGUGGAUCUCAGACACAGCUGUGACCAGGCUCGCCUCCCUGCUUGGUGGCACUUGCUUUUUGGGCCCUAGCAUUCAGCACAUCUGCCAAGGGCAAAGUCUCCCUUUCAUCCCUUAAAUCUGGGACUCUGCUUGGUAACGUAGACAAAGCAAAGGUCUUAAGUGCAGACUUUGGUCUCUGGGGUCCAGGGCGGGUCUACUGUGAAGACACCUGCAUCCACCAGGAGGAAGGCCGGGCUCAGCCUCCUCGACGAUGAGAACUUGCUGGGUCAGCAUCAGCAACAGCAAAUCUGGUCUCAGCAGAGACUUCACAAGCAUUGAGGAGCACAGCCGAACCCAGGCUGAACUCAUACACAUAGGACCAUGAAUCUCAUACAGGAAGCUACAUUGUCAUGAUGCUUCAGCGUGGCUGGUUCCACAGCACUGCCUAGCUGACGAUGCUGGUCUUUAUUCACCAAUACUGCCAGGUUCUCAGCACUUGGGCCAGACUUGGAGGCCAUGGGAAUGUAGUUGUCCCCAUUGGUAUUGGGGAGAUGACGGGAUUUGGGUGAUAACACACAGGGCUGCCUUUGCUUAGUAGGUCACCCAACAUGUGUGCAUUGAACCCAUACUGUGUGCCAUGUGCAGGUGAUGAGCAGCAAGGAUUUAAAGAAGCACACACAGACUCAAGUCUAAGAAUUUUGAAUUCCAAGGAGAAUGUUGAGAGUUGUAGCAGCUUCUACCAAUGCCAGAGGUUAAAACCUGGACUGAGAACGCAGAGCACAUGAAGAUAGAAGACUCCGUGGAGAGCCAGGGCCCCUGAGGACUUCCUGGUUCAACCUGCAGUCACCUUUCUUCCCCCAGCCGGCCAUGUACAGGAAGCAGACGUGUGUGGGACAGGAGGGCAGGAAUCUUCGGCCUAGGAGUGUUGGGGAUGGGCUCAGGCAUGAUACUAGUGUGGCUAGGCUAAGCCAGUAGCACGCCACCUUCUGGGAGGUCCUGUCAUAUCAGAAACUGGUUCUAACCUGGGAAGAUGUCUGAAUGAAGGCUGAGGUGGAAGAAGGGCCAGGAUGAUGUUCAGCAUGCCCCCAUGACUAGGUUGCUAUGUGAGAUCCAGGUCUCCUUUGCCUCUGGGGCCAGCUUCUGUACGGAAGUGGAUGGGAUAAGUUAUGGAUGGUGCAUGAGUCCCAGUCAGUGCCCAGAAUCAAAGCAGACAGUGUUGGAGUUGUAAAAGGAUGCUGUUGGUGCUUGCAGGAAAUACCGUUCUCUUGGAGGGCAGUCAUUCAUCUGCACUGGGGACUGACUUUACCCCAGGCCUGUGAUGAGGGUUGAGAAGUAGAAAUUCUACUCCAAGGAGCUGUCAGACUGGGGAGGAAGGACACAAGGACCAGAUAGUUUGAGAGGUGCUGAGAUCGGUGUCUGCUUGGGGAGCAAUGACCACUGGGAAGAAGGCUUCUUCAAGGAACCAGGCUUGGGGUGGGCUGACAUCUUGUCCGAGACCCUAAAGAAGAGAGUUGGGAUGGCCAAGUGUGGUGUGUGGACCCCACCCUCUAACCAAGUGUGGUGUGUGGACCCCACCCUCUAACCAAGUGUGGUGUGUGGACUCCCCCCCACCAUCAGACAGACUGAGGAUAAUGUAGGCAUCAGAUUCUUCUCAAAUCCCACAUCCCACCUUCAAGCUGCUGGCAUGGCCUUGCCAGCACACCUCGAUUCUGUAUUUAUAAAAUAAUUUGGUGAAAUGAUUACAUGCAAAUAAAAUACAAGAGGAAGAAUCUAGACUCAGCUUCCUGCUUUGUGCAGAAGUGACCGUGCCUGCUCCUUGGGGUCAUCUUUGCAUCUUCUCACAUAGCAAGUUCUCAACAGGCCACACAGGCCACCCUCCCCUCACCCUUCCAGCGGUUCCCCUUCAGCCCCUGUCUGUAACAUGCUCCCUAUCUCCACUGCUAGUCCCCCUCUGUCGCCCGAUGCACCUGCCAACCCUUUUUAUAGUAUUUGCCCCCCUCUGUUUGAGAGCAACGAUCUGGUUUCCCCCGCUGUCACUGAAGUGCAUGUGAAAUUGGGUGGAUGGAAGAGAGCGUGUGGAGAAACUGGAGAGAGGGUGUGGCGGCUCAGAGCACUUGCUGCAUGUUUUUCGUGCAUGGUCUUAUUGAUCAUCGGAGAGAUCCUAGGGAUCAUUUAUUCACCCCCAUGACUGGUGAAAAUGAAGGAUUGUGUCUACAGAGCACUGGGAGGCAAGCCUUGUCUUCUGAUUUGAAGCCUAUACAUACUAUGGUUGGGAAGAGGGAGCCUCACUGAGAAAUUACCUCCUGUGAUGUUUACUUCUUUAUCAACUAUCUGGAUUUGGAACUACCUAGGAGACACACCUCUGGGUGCUCCUAUGAGGUUGUUUCUGGGGGUUGUUUAACUGAGGAGAUUAAGAC